UCAGCAAUUCGAUUUCCCACAGGUGUAAUUAGUUCACGCUUGGACGCUUAUGCGAUUGUUCACGUUUCGUUCGUGGUAAGGCUGGUGUUCACCCUCCGUUAGGGCAGAAAUUGGUACGGCAGAUCCACCUGGACCCUUCAAAAGUGUUUGCUCUCGGUGCGUGGAGUGUUUUUCAUAGUCGUUCUGUUGGCUUUCGCUUCAUUUCGCCAUUUUCAAGACUUGCCGUUUUCCUUUCUGUUAUUCAUUGAGGAUUUAGUGGGCAGAAGUGCCACUCGAGUAUCUGAACGGAAAGCAUAAUUUUAGCUUUUCAACUUGCCAUAUAUCCGAGAUAAUUUAUCAUGGCCGAACAGGAAGACAGGAAGGAAAGUUCAGCAGCCGUAACGGCCCCAACUACUCCUGUUAUUUCACCAGCUACAACCCCAACACCACCGGCCACUUAUGAUGAGGAAGCUGCUAUAGGUGGUGGUGCUAGACAGGCGGAAGGUGCAAACAAUGUGGCUAAUAAUAACAAUAGCAAUAAUGAGGAGAGUUCGAAGGUGCAGCAGGAAGAAACGGUAGGGGAUGGUAGAGAUGAGGCCGACUUUAAUUUGAUCAAAAUUCUACGCGAACUGAACCUCAAUUCUUACGCAACAAAGAAAACUAUUGCUCAAGCCAUCUUAGAUCUAGCAUUAUUGGCCGCAAACGCAUCUCAGUUGAAGUUCAUUUUGAGCGUUGGUGAAAAACACGAAUUCUAUCACAUAAUCCUUUGGCUUGUUGUCGCAUCGAUUAUCCUUCAGGUUAUUCAAGCAAUAAUUUGUAUAAUUCUGGGUUUGGUGUUGAAUAUCAAUCAAGUGGAUGAGCAAAAAGCUGCAGAUAUUGUCAAUAAUAUUUGUCUAUGCGUCGUUGUACUGAUUGUUGCUGUCAAUGUUAUAAUAUCUGGAUUUGAUAUGAGGGCAACGGACGAACUACAGGCGGACUUCAGGAAAUAUACUUGAUUGCAUUAAAUAGUUUAAGAUGAUGAAAAUUAGGUUACGCUUCCAGGUAGCAGCAUGAACAGCUAUUUGACUGCAAUUUUAAAAUUUAAUUUAAUGAACUUAUUUUGAUCUUAUAAGCAAAUAAUGCAAAAUAAAUAUUUUACUUUUA